GCCGUCUGAGUAGGGAUUGGAAGGGAAAAAGCGUUUGAACUGACUCUUUUAAAUUCCUACUACAUGAAAUAUGUAGGUAAAAAAUCGUGAUUGCAUACCGACAGGCGUUAAUCACUCAAGACGUAACUCCAAUGGAAGAAGAUCGAGAUUUAAUUAAAAAAAACACUUGCCACUUUCAUGUAGUACUAUCGCAUUUCUUUCGAGUGGAUUUAGCAAACCAGAAUGCCAGAAGAAAUAUUUGUGCUCACAAUUACCCUUACAAAAUCAUUUACGAACGUACGCAAUUACUAAUUGAACAGAAUAUGAAAGUAGAAGAAAAUAUAAUAAAUUGAGCCUAUCCUUUGCAAGUGAAAGAAAAUGGGAAACCGCAUGGUGUGUGAAUAUAAAUCCAGCGAUAUACAUAGGUGUAUGAGCUAUGGUGCAGAAGGAAAUGUAUAUUAAGCAAGAAACAGGGAGUUCCAGGGUGAGGUUUACAGCGCCAUAUAGAUUUCCACAAAAUCAUGAUAAAAGCUCAAUUUGUUCGAUUAUGAAGUAAACCAAAAACAAACAGAAUUAAAAAUAAUAAAAGCAAACACGGAACAAAAAUGUUUCUGCUUUACUUUGUGUACAAUCAUGUUCUGUGUUCUCGUUAGUUUAUCUUUAAUAAAUUCAUUCACAGGGGUAUGAAAUAGACACAACGUACAUUUGUCCAUAUUUCAUAAAGCCCUUGUCCUUGGAAAAUAAGGACUGCAAACUUGUGUAGUUCCGCGGAGGGAAUGCAUGUAAAUUGGAGUUUACAAAUUCAUCAUAUUGCGCACAGCUGUCAAAUAUACUUUUCUAUAGUCAUCUUGAAUGUCAACAUGUUGUUCGUGACAUAGCCUGCUGUUUUAAAUAAUACCAAAUACACAUCAACGAUCAGCAUCGGUACCGGUAUAAUUGUUGACAACUUUGGUUGGCGCGUAUUCCUCAUUCAAUAUCCGUUUUGUGCAACAAGAAAGUAAAAAGAUCGACGAUGGAUGCGGCAGGCAAUGAUCUCGACAUACCCAACGAUAUCCAGUCCUUUCUGCUGUCUAGCAAAAUGUCGUGUGUGCGUUGGGUACCGAACCAAACGGAAGACGAACAUUUUUUCGUCACCGGUAGCUGGGGCGAUAAGGUGAACGCGGUUAACCUGUGGAACCUUGUGCAUGACGAGCUAGCAGAUGCAGACAGCACUGUGCCGUUGGUUCCGAAAAGCACGGCCAAAUUCUGUGUGACCGGCGACGUUGUUGGUUUUGGAUUUAUCGACGAUAAACAUUUGGUCUCUGUCACGUCGGAAGGUACACUUAGCGUGUUGGAUCUUAAUCGCGAAUCAGCAUUGUCGUAUGAUUUUACCCACAAGUUUAACAUGCACGAUCUGCAUACGUUCGACGGGAGACAAUCGGUUUGUUCGGCGAUGAGUGUUUCAGCGUUCGAUCAAUACAUCGUUACGGGUGGGGAGGAUGGCAAUUUAAACAUCAUAUCGGGUAACGCGGGAAAGGUUAUUAGCACGAUACAACAUCCGGACAAUUCGAGCAUUAGGUGCGUGUCUUUCAUCUACCCUAGUGUUGUCGUUGCCGGACGGCACUGUGGUCUGCUCAAUUGUUACGACACGCGCGAAAGUGGUAACAAGCCAGCGUUCAGUCUGGAAACGUGUCACGAAGAAGAUCAUGAAAUGACCGUACCAAUGUGUAUAAACUACUUACCCAAACAUAAAUCACUGAUUUUAGUUGGUUUGGAAAACGGUUCCAUUAUCAACUGGGACAUACGCAAACCGUACGAUGCGUCGUACGAGUUUGGUGGUCACAGUGAUCCGGUUACCGAUAUACAGUUUGCAAAGGAGCAGGACAUCAUGUUCAGUGCCGAUGCUGGAGGUCUAGUUACAGAAUGGACACUGAGCAACCUGUCGUCGUUCGUCGAUUAUUCCAUAGAAAGGCGCCAGCCGCGCAUGAAAGACUUUAAACCCAUCAAUUCAAUUGACGUGAAUGUGCGACAGAUGAUAUGCUGCGGUGAUGCCGAAAUGCUUUUCAUACUGGACCUCUGGUAGUCGAUCAUUUGUAGCUUUUCUUUUCUAAGCAUUACAUUUAAAAUAAUGAAAUCUGAUCCGUUCGAUA